AUGGCGCUCUCGAUAGUUGGAAUUUGUCUCCUGUCUUUGCAGCUAAAAGCAGCUCUGGGCUCGGUUGGUAACGAUUCCUUCUACAUAAGAGUAAACACUGAUGGUAGCUAUAGCAUACAGCUGGGGAAUACAACAUGGCUGAACAGCGCUCCAACGUUCUUCAACUCGGAUGGAGAAGUAUUUACCAGAGCGGACGGUUCUCUUAUUCUGAUAAAUACGAUGGACGUAAUAGGGACAGACAACCUUGGAAAGUGGAAGGCCAGUAACUUCCAUUACGUGGCAGGAAGUACACAAAUUAUGGCAGGAAUUAAGCAAUAUACGGACCCAUAUAGACCUUGUGUCAUCUUCUCUCAGACUUACUUGUACGAGGGUAGAAACACAAGUGCCUCAUCGGAGAAUGCCGUUAUUGGGGGAUUUCCAGGCUUUAAUGUGGAAGGGCAGAAGGGCGAUCUUGGCUAUCUGUCUUACGGAGGGAUGAUGGUAGCGGACACGGAUAAAGUCAUCGGGCUCUGGCAUAACACCACAGUGAACAUUGAAGACGGCCUUGAGGGCGGCCCCAUUGCGAUUUACGACAAACAUGGAAAUGUUGUCAUAAUAAGUCCGUUUUCGCAAUUUAUGGCGGCCUCAAACUGGCACGAUGGUGUUUUAGGUGGUUCAGUUUACUGGGGUAUAAUGGGAGAUGUAGACCGGGUUCCUGCAGGAUUCACCAUGGAAACUAUUGUUUACUACGGUAAUGCUGGGAUUAACAAGGCUUUUCAGGGCUGGGGAGACAUUCUAAGGACGAAAUACGGGAAGUCCUCUAGCUACAAGCGAUCUGACUUCACCAUCAACUACCUGGGCUAUUGGACUGACAAUGGUGCUUUUUACUAUUACAACACAGAGAGUAAGAAGAACUAUGAACAAACCAUGCUGGAUGUGAAACAGUACACAGAUUCUCUCAACGUACCAUUCAGGUAUAUACAGUACGAUUCCUGGUGGUACCCUAAGGGCAUCAUUGGGGGUGUCAUCCUUUGGGAACCCAUGACUGAUGUCUUCCCACAUGGACUUCAGUAUUUGUACAAUAAAACCGGCUGGCCGGCAGCGGCUCAUAAUCGUUACUGGUCCAGCAAAACAAAAUAUGCGAAACAAAAUGGCGGCCAAUUUGAUUUCAUAGUAGAACUGGAAACGGCACUUCCUGUUGAGGAGAGAUUUUGGGACUAUUUGCUCAGGCGUGCGUCAAAAUGGGGGCUGAUUCUCUACGAGCAGGACUGGCUCAACGUUCAAUUCAAACACACUCAGGCAUUACAGUCCAACAUUUCUCUGGGUCGCGAUUGGUUGAUUCAAAUGGGACGAGGAGCUCAGACCAAUGGGAUGCCGAUACAGUACUGCAUGUCAAACGCUCGUCACGUGCUGCAGAGUCUAGAAAUACCCGCCGUCACUCAGGCCAGGGCAAGUGAUGAUUACUCACCAGGUGAGGAUCAGUGGAAGAUCGGAAUCUCCUCUUUGUUCGCUGAUGCUGUCGGUCUUGCCCCAUUUAAGGACACCUUCUGGACAACGCAGACCCAGCCGGGGAACCCGUAUCAUGGGCGCCAGGAGACACAGCCUGGGUUGAAUGCUGUGGUAGCCACGCUCAGCACAGGCCCGGUUGGGCCCAGUGACAUGAUUGGAGGAACGAACGUCUCUCUGCUGAUGAGAUGUUGUAACGCUGACGGUCUGAUACUGAAGCCCUCCAAACCAGCCACGGCUAUAGACGCUCAACUCUUACAGGCAUCUUUCCAAGACGGCCGUGGCCCUGAUGGGGAAGUUUGGUCAACCUACACUCAGAUCUCCGGUCAGUUUUACGGCAUCAUCUUAGCGGCUGAUCUCAAAACUCCAUACUCCUUGACCCCUCAGGCUGCCGGAUUUGGUCAGUUUUUUGAAGGUCCGAACAUUGUCUACUCCUAUCUGGAUUUUACACCGAAACCGUUUGGUAUGAACGACUCCAUCACACUAGAAGGCUGUUCGACCAUAAACUUCUGUCUGUACUACACAUCACCGGUCAUAAAGCUUGGGAGCAAAGAAGUGUGCAUUUUGGGUGAAGUGGACAAAUGGGUGCCUCUGUCGCCUCAGAGGAUCCGAACAAUCUCAACCGGAAGUGACAUCAUUAUGUCCUUGGCCGGAAGCCCAGAAGAAAAACUCAGACUUGCCUUCAUUGAAAACGGAAAACUAAGAUUUAUGCAAUGUACUUUGGACUCGGCCGGAACGGCAACGUUACGCUACAUGUCAGGUUUAUGCAGCUAAUGCUGGAUGUUUUCGCAUUUAUCA